CUAUUUCAUUAUAUUUAAUUUAAAUUGAUUCAAUUGAUUAAGUUAAUUGAUUUAACUGUUUUGCUUUGAACACUUUAGUUUACUGUGUUUAAAUCGUAAUGUUGCGGUAACAUCAAGUCUCGCGAUAUCUACAUUAACUCGCGAGAGCCUGUUAGUACGGUGUCAGUGCUGCAAAUUGGAAGUUGAACUUGCAUGCAGUUUGCAGGACAGGAUCUCAGAACCAUGCCUGAACAGAGCGGUAAGGUCCAGACGGUGCUGGGUCUGAUAGAGCCCGAUCAGCUGGGCCGCACCAUGACCCACGAACACCUUACGAUGACGUUUGAGUGCAGCCAUGUUCCUGUUGCACCUGGAGACGAGAGUCUUGCUACAGCUCCCAUUGAGAUGAAGCAUCUUCACUGGUUGCAGCAGAAUCCAUACAGCCACAAUGAGAACCUGCUGUUGAAUCAUGAGAUCGAAGCAGUGAAGGAAGAGCUGUUGUGUUACCGUAAGGCAGGAGGAGGAUCCAUUGUGGAGAACACCACCACUGGCAUCACUCGAAAUCUACCUGCUCUGCGGCAGCUGGCUAAAGACACAGGUGUGCAUAUCAUAGCCGGAGCGGGGUACUAUGUGGACGUGACCCACUCUGAUGAGACAAGAAAGAUGACUGUUGAGAAGCUAACUGAUAUCAUUGUCAGUGAGGUGCUCAGUGGAGCAGAUGGUACAGAUAUCCGCUGUGGUGUGAUUGGAGAGAUCGGUACUGGCUGGCCAAUCACCGACAGUGAGAAGAAGGUCCUGCAAGCCACCGCUCAUGCUCAGACUCAGCUCGGCUGCCCGGUUAUCAUCCACCCCGGACGGAACAGUGCCGCUCCUGGGGAAGUCAUACGCAUUCUGCAAGAAGCAGGUGCAGAUAUCUCUAAAACAGUCAUGUCUCAUCUAGACAGGACCAUAUUUGAUCGGCAAGAGUUACUGGAGUUUGCAAAGAAGGGGAGCUACCUUGAAUAUGACCUCUUUGGCACAGAGAUGCUGAAUUACCCGUUCAACCUUGAUGUUGACAUGCCCAGCGACAGCCAGAGAGUUCAGGUCUUGGCUUUCCUGAUCAAGGAAGGUUAUGAAGACAGAAUCCUCAUUGCCCACGAUAUCCACACCAAGCACCGACUGACCAAGUAUGGCGGACAUGGCUACUGCCACAUUCUGAAGAAUAUUGUUCCCAAAAUGCUGUCUCGAGGUAUCACUCAGAACCAGGUGGACAAAAUACUGAUAGAGAAUCCUAAACAAUGGCUGACUUUCAAAUAAACCAGCUGCCUUAAAAAUUUACUUCCUCAAGUUAACAUACCAAAAACGAAUCUAAUUUUUCUGGUUAGGAACACUGUUGUCCAGAUUUUGGUGCUAAAUUCCUUGCUUUGGUGAAUGUUAAUUCAUGUACUCUCUUUAAAAAAAAAAAAAAAAAUUCUCAAGGGGGCAUUAUUUUGCUAAUACGAGGAACAUUUUUUAAUAAUCUAACUUUUUUCUCUAUUAAGAAGCUUUUGUGCAGUCAAAUGAACCAUUGAUGCCAAAUAAAAACUUUAUUUUUAAGAGUGUUAGAUAGCAGAGUUAAGACUCAUAGCUCACAUGUUAAGUUUAACACUAAUUAGACUCUUCUUUAAUGUCUUUUUUUAGUCAUUGGGCUUAAAUAUAAAAAUCAAAUAUUCACCCAAUCUUCAAUGGGUCAAAGUUCUCUCACCACAAGAAAUUAUAUAUAAUGUUAUAUAAAAACAUGGAAAAGAGGUGCUUUUUACUUUCAUUGGAUGAACAGUUAAGCCAUAGAUGAUUUAAAAAAAAGUGGAACAGUAGUAAGUCUGAUGAAGUGUCCUAACUACAUUAGUUACUAAUUAGCCCAUGCAAAACAUUUUUUUUUAAUCUAUCACACAUUGUGAUAGUUUGCAAAAUUUGCUUUCUGACAUUGUGUAGCUGCAAACAUCUCAAAGAAUUAAUGGCAAUAAAAGGUUGAACAUGCAAUAGCCCCUUUACAACAAUUGACUGUUAGUACUGAAGUGACCGUAUGCCUAAAAGUAAGAUUGCUUGCUGUACACGUUUGCUUUGGCAAGCCUGAUGUUCCAUAGCGCAUCUGAUAAUUUGAAGGCAUGCGUUCUGACAGGUCAUUGGGUAGGACGGAGAGAUGAGUUUCUCUGGAGCAGGUGGCCGCUCACAGUGACUUCUCUAGUAAAAUAAUGACACUGUCAGGUGCUCUGUUCUUGUGUAACACCAAGAUGAUGUUAAAAGAACAUGCGGAGUCAUCCAUAAUUUACCUAGAAGAUGAUGGCAUGUUAAUUCAUCUUGUCCAAUUUCAUUUUAUGUAUUUUUUUCCUAGCAGUUAGCUUACAAAACUGAUUUCCCUUUUUAAUAUAUAGAUUUAGGUAAAGACUACCAUUUUACAGUCGAUGACAAAAACGUUUAUGCAUUUUAUACGUUUGUGCAUUUUAAUGUGUUUGAAAGACAAAAGCCUUCCAAAGACAGAAAUACAUGGUAUUUAUAAAUAACCUACAUAGUGGUAAUACAAAUAAAAACCAGUGUGUUCAUCAGUAGCUGAUGCUGUUGAAACCCCUCUGAAAUCUGAAAUCAGUGGUCAAAUGUGAUGCCACCUGAAUAAUGACUGAUCUUUCUGUUUAUGUGCACAAAACCUUAAGACUUUUUGAAUGUAUAUUUGCAGUAAGCUAUUUUAGAAAGGAAGUUUUUAAAGAUGAAGAAGAAAAAAUACAUGUAAUCAUGUAAUCCAUAAAAAAGUAACUGUAGUUUGAUUACGAGUAUUUUAAAAUCGAAUUUAAUCUAAUUACAGGUACUUCACUUUUUGGAAUCGGAUUACAUAAUCCAGAUUACAUGUAAUCAGUUACUACCCAGCUCUGUGCAAUAUAUUUGUAGAGCUUUUAGUUUCAUAGCAAAUUUAUACACGCAUGCAAAUCAUACAAUAUAUUUUAUUAUAUUCACAAUUUUUGAUGACACUGCACAUACCAGACAGUGAUAAUACUUUUAAAUGAAAACAUUUAUAUAAAACGGUACAGAAUUGUGGCUUGAAUGUGAAUGUGAAUGUGAAGAAAUGUCAUCUGAACUAUAUUUCCGGGCUAAUGGUGCUCUGUAACAGCCUCUUCAGAUCAGCCAUGUGUCAGUGUAAAGUAGGCACAUAUGGAAUGGAAUGAUGCCAAAUGAUCUCUCAAUAAAUAUACUACAAUCAUCA